AUGUGGCGCAUCGGUCUCGGGGCGUUACAUAUAUGGAAGCAGCUUUUCAAGGCCCAGAAGUGUUGGCCCAUGGAGACCAAGGACAUCGGGCUCGACAUCGAGAACCCGUCCUCAGCGGGCUCGACAAAGAAAGCGGAGCAGAUCGACUGCCUGACGCCACUGUCAGAGGAUCCGACCACUCCCCACCUGACGGAGAUGCUGGUUUCGGUGUCGUAUAAGGCGUCGGAGAAGAAGGCCAAGAAGAAGGGCAAAGAGGCCAAGGGCGGCCCUCGCCACAAGGGUCCUUCGGAGGCUUCCUUGCUGGCGGCAACCGCCCAGGCCACGGAAGUUUCCGAGCUCAAUCGGAAGCUUCAGCUGGCCGAUGAAGAGAUCGACCGCGUUAACAAGCGGUUCGACGAGACGCAAGUUGGGGCAGCCGAGGUCGAGACCCUCAAAGGCGCCCUUGCCACAGCCCAACAAGAGGCAGAGGCGAACAAGGCAGCCGCGGACAAAGCGGCUGCAGAGCUGAAGACCGAGCAGACCGCCCGCCGCCAACACGAAGCUCGGGUGGCCGAAGUCGAGCAGGAGCUGAGGGCGCCAUCCUCAAAUUUGAGGAAUUGGAAGAGAAGUCUUCGGCUCGAUCGACCGAACUCGACAAAGCCCAACAAGAAGCAAAGGAGGCACGGGUCGAGUCCAGAAGUGCUCUCGAGGAGAUCCGUCAGGCGAAGCAGAUAG